GACAUUCCCCACUCUUCGGUAUCUAAAGAGUCACCAGAAGUUACACACAUUUACCACACUUUCACACAUGAUAUCAAGUCAUUCGACACAUCACUCGAUGCACAUCCAGUGCCCGAAGACAUCACUUCCAGUGAUAACAACAAACACAGUGUCCGACAACUCAUACAAACAGAGGACACAAGAAUUAAAUCAAUUGUUUCAAAGAAGACAUUGAAUGGCAAUAAAGCGAAGACAACAACAAAGAGAAGACAUAAUAAACAAAAGACAAUAAGCGAUGAAUCGGAGGAUAAUUGUGAUCACAAUUGGGAACAGACUUCAAGUGAUGAGGAAAUGGAUGACAAAAAUGAGAAGAAAAAGAGAAAAUAUGUUAAGAAAAGCGAAAAAAGUGGUGAAAACCCGUCGACAACACCACUGAAGAGAAGAUAUAAAGAGAAGACAAUUCUUUCGGCGAAUGGGAAGCGCUUUCGACCGAAAAAUUUUAUCUGCGAUUACAUCGGAUGUGAUAAACAAUUCGACGAAAACGAAAAUCUUUUGGCACACAUUCGGGUCAGACAUACAAAGGAGAGGCCAUUCGAGUGUGACGUUUGCCACAAGACAUUCCCCACUCUUCGGUAUCUAAAGAGUCACCAGAAGUUACAUACGGACACUGCGAAGCCAUUCGUGUGCUCAUGGGUUGGCUGUGACUCGGCUUUCCGUAUCAAUCAGUGUCUUGUCGAUCACAUGCAAACACACCAACAGCUCCGGCAAUUCGCGUGCGAUGAAUGUGACCAACGAUUUAACCUCAAAAGGACUCUUCAGGUCCACAAGAAUAGGGUGCACUCGACUGCCCGGCCGUACACUUGCGAUUGGCCCGCGUGUGAGGCCACGUAUAAAGACAUAACAAUGCUUAAGCGCCACAAAGAGACACAUCUGGGAGUCAGACAGUAUGUGUGCGAUAGA